CCCCGCGUCCUCAAGCCCCGCCCCCAGUUCCCCAGCCCCGCCCCGAAGUUUGAGGGGUGUGGACGGUUUGUGACCCCCUUAGCCGACCCUACCCCUCACGGGCCGGGAGAGCUGGGCUUAUCACGGAGGCCAGGGCCAGGGAGCCCUUCGGUUCGGGUGGGCCCAUGGACCCCAGUCCAACGCCGCGGGAAUAGGACCAUCCAAACGCGAAACCUUCGCCUCAGAAAAAGGGUGCGGGACCCCUCCUCACCGUGCGGUCACGGUACGGACAGGGUAGAUCACAGGCUGAGGGACAGAGUAAAGACCUCUCAGGCCGGACACCUGGGGUCCUGCGGGGCCCCUCCCCACGAGAGUUCCCUGUGUCUUUGCCAGCCGUUUUCGUCUUUCUUCGUCGCAGUUACCUUUUCUGUAAAUCAUGGUUAAUGACAUUAAUCUUCUUGCCAUCAGGGGUUAGUUGUGGGUGUGAUAUAUAAUUGCUACCAUUUAUUGAGCAAUUGCAAUUUGCACUGUGCCAGGCACUGUGCUAAGUAUUUUGCUUCGAUGAUUUCACGUCAUCUUCAAAACAACCUCAUGAGGGCUGGGUCAGUUAGAACCUAAACAAACUAGAGACCUGGUUGCAACCCCUCAGGCUCUGCUGAUGCUGUCCCCCUUUGUUCCUGCAGCGUGGACCCUGCCGGCAGCCAGGCCAUGGAGCUCUCUGAUGUCACCCUCAUUGAGGGUGUGGGUAAUGAGGUGAUGGUGGUGGCAGGUGUGGUGGUGCUGAUUCUAGCCUUGGUCCUAGCUUGGCUCUCUACCUACGUAGCAGACAGCGGUAGCAACCAGCUCCUGGGCGCCAUUGUGUCAGCAGGUGACACAUCCGUCCUCCACCUGGGGCAUAUGGACCACCUGGUGGCAGGUCAAGGCAACCCCGAGCCAACUGAACUCCCCCAUCCAUCAGAGGGUAAUGAUGAGAAGGCUGAAGAGGCUGGUGAAGGUCGGGGAGACUCCACAGGGGAAGCUGGAGCUGGGGGUGGUAUUGAACCCAGCCUUGAGCAUCUCCUUGACAUCCAAGGCCUGCCUAAAAGACAAGCAGGUGCAGACAGCGGCAGUCCAGAGGCCCCCCUGAGAUCUGAGGAUAGCACCUGCCUCCCUCCCAGCCCUGGCCUCAUCACUGUACGACUCAAAUUCCUCAAUGAUACCGAGGAGCUGGCUGUGGCUAGGCCAGAGGAUACCGUGGGUGCCCUGAAGAGCAAAUACUUCCCUGGACAAGAAAGCCACAUGAAACUGAUCUACCAGGGCCGCCUGCUACAGGACCCAGCCCGCACACUGCGUUCUCUGAACAUUACUGACAACUGUGUGAUUCACUGCCACCGCUCACCCCCAGGGUCAGCUGUUCCAGGCCCCUCAGCCUCCUUGGCCCCCUCAGCCACUGAGCCACCCAGCCUUGGUGUCAAUGUGGGCAGCCUCAUGGUGCCUGUCUUUGUGGUGCUAUUGGGUGUGGUCUGGUACUUCCGAAUCAAUUACCGCCAAUUCUUCACAGCACCUGCCACUGUCUCCCUGGUGGGAGUCACCGUCUUCUUCAGCUUCCUAGUAUUUGGGAUGUAUGGACGAUAAGGACAUAGGAAGAAAAUGAAAGGCAUGGUCUUCCUCCUUUAUGGCCUCCCCCUUUUCCUGGCCAGAGCUGGGCCCAAGGGCCUGGGAGGGAGGGGUGGAAAGGAUGUGAUGGAAAUCUCCUCCAUAGGACACAGGAGGCAGGUACGGGGCCUCCCUUUCUCGUCCACAGAGUACAGACGUCCCUUCUGUGCAAGCACAACUCAGGUAGAAAUGAGGAUGUCAUCUUCCUUCACUUUUAGGGUCCUCCUGAAGUUCAAAGCUGCUGGCUAAGCUCAGUGGGGAGCCUGGGCUCUGAGAUUCCCUCCCACCUGUGGUCCUGGCUCUUCCCAGUGUCCUGCAUGUCUGCCCCCAGCACCCAGGGCUGCCUGCCAGGGCAGCUCAGCAUGGCCCCAGCACACCUCCAUAGGAAUCCUGGAGUAUCCUUCCAUUUCUCAGCCAAAUACAUUUUGAGACUGAAAUCACACAGGCGGGAAUGAAGAUUGUGCCAGCCUUCUCUUAUGGGCACCUAGCCGCCUUCACCCCCCUCUACCCCUUAGCAGGAAUAGGGUGUCCUCCCUUCUUUCAAAGCACUUUGCUUGCAUUUUAUUUUUUUAAGAGUCCUUCAUAGAGCUCAGUCAGGAAGGGGACAGGACACCAAGCCAAGCCCCCAGCAUUGGGAGCGGCCAGGCCACAGCUGCUGCUCCCGUAGGCCUCAGGCUAUAAGCAAGAGACAGCACUGGCCCUUGGCCAGCAUCCUACCAUUCCCAACUCCAAGGACUGGGUAUGGAUCGCUGGGCCCUAGGCUCCUGCUUCUGGGGCUAUUGGAGGGUCAGUGACUGAAUAAAGUUCCAUUUUGUGGUCCUG